AUGGCCUUUUUCCUGCUACAGCUCAAAACCAAAAGAGGAGGAAGAAAGAUUAUAAUAUCCAUUGAUGAGGUGAGGUACUGCAUCCCCGGCGAAUGUCUGUGUAACUUGGAGGAAGGCAGCCCCAGGAGCGGCACCUACACCCGACAUGGCUACAUAUUUUUGUCGCUGGUGGGCUGCCUGACGAAGACCAGCGAGAAUGGGGCGCUUCCUGUGCUGUCUGUGGUGAGAGAAACAGAGUCCCAGCUACUUCCAGAUGUAGGAGCUGUUGUCACCUGUAAGGUCUCUAGCAUCAACUCACGUGUUGCCAAAGUACACAUCUUGUAUGUAGGGUCCACACCACUAAAAAAUGCUUUUCGAGGAACUAUCCGCAAGAAAGAUAUCCAAGCAACUGAAAAAGACAAGGUUGAAAUUUACAAGAGUUUCCCCCCAGGUGACAUAGUUUUGACCAAAGUUAUCUCCCUAGGUGAUGCACAGUCCAAUUAUCUGCUGACCACUGCUGAAAAUGAGUUAGGGGUAGUGGUAGCCCACAGUGAAUCAGGUGUCCAGAUGGUUCCCAUCAGCUGGUGUGAGAUGCAGUGCCCUAAGACCCACACUAAAGAAUUCUGGAAAGUGGCCAGGGUACAGUCUGAGUUCUUACAAACCUAAGCACACGUCCCCUCAAAGAUGGAGCCUCCUGUUUCCAAGAGUACCAGUAUGUAAAGAACAUCAAGAUGCCACGGUCUUUAUUAAGGAUUCUACAGUUACCUAACAACCACCUCUUGAAAAAUCUGGAAAUAAGUUUGUGUUGUAAUGAGCACCCAAGGCCUAUGCAGCUAAGACAGGAAGAUUUUUAGUUUCCAAGUGUGAGUAUAGCCUAGGCUACAUAGUAAGACUCUUUCAACCAAAAUAU